GUUUAGAGUUCAAACUCACAUUGGGACUAGCAAAGCUUAGAAGUUAACAUCAUUGUUUUGCAGUGAUAACAAAUUUUGAAAACUUAAGUACUUACAGAGCAAAAUGAUGAAUCUUGCAAUUUUGGUAUUCGCAGCUGUGCUGGUAGCAGCUUCUGCGGUUGACACACGUACAGAAACCACAUGCCAAACUCAUAAACGUAACACUGGUGGCAACGCACCUGUGCAGUGGGACAUCCGUUGUGAUGAACAGGGAAAUUACGAACCUCUUCAGUGCACCAAGGGUAAACCAAAAUGGUGCUCUUGCUACAAUAAAGAAGAGGCAGUGACUUCUCCUUCCAAAUCCACCCGUUACUGCAAAUGCCCAGUAGAAAAAGAUGCAGCGAUUAAAAAUGCUGCUUCAGCAUGCGAGACCCCAACAUGUCAAAGGGAUGGAAAGUAUGAGAAAAAGCAAUGCUGCGCUACCACAGGCAAAUGUCAUUGUGUCGAUGAAAUCACCGGAGAAAAAAGAACGCAACCAACAACAAACCAGUCUGUGAAGUGUUAACUUUGCUACCUUCUUAUUAAGUUACAUUUCUUUCUUGAUUGUAUUUAAUUGAUUACUGCUUUGUUUGCCGAAUUUUUUUGCCAAAUGUAUGGAAAUGCAACAGCUAUGCUCGUAUUUGCUGUUUGAACAAAUAUGAUCAAUGUAAUACAAUUAUUUUUAAAAUAAACUUUUUUUUAA